AACAAAACAAAACAAAAAACCCAACUCUGGAUUACUUUUCGGUCAUUAGCAAAGUCCAGAACAGAACCUCGAUAUCGGAAUAUUGUCAAUAUUCUUACGAUUCGGAAAGCUUGAAGUUGAAAGGUGGAGAAGAUUUACUAACUAGGAAGACUUUAAACAGCCAUUAUGGCUACCAGGCUGUUUAGCUCACCAGCCAGAGUGACGGCUUACCUCCCAAACAUCAGGGCAGCUGUACAACAUUUCCGAAACUUUUCUUCCUAUGACAAACUACCUAAAAUGGCUGAAAUUGAAGAAAUCGAAGCAGAAGCACGCUCGAGGAGUCUCGGAGUAUUUGGACCUGGGGACAAACGAUUUCCUCUACCUGGGAAGAUUGGGGUCAAUGUUAAUAAAGUGGCAGCUCGACCCAGCCCCCUCACUCAAAGCACUAGUCCGCAGGAGCUGUUUGAAACUCAUCUCCCCGACGAGAGACACUCAGCGGUGGUGGAGCAGGUGGUCAAUCAAAUGGAGGAAUAUGAGGAGGAAUUUUUGAGUGAAGCAGAUACCAAUCCAAUGGAGAUGUUGGAAUGUGUAGCUCAACCAUGUCCACAGACCUUGAGGCGCGAUGUGCAGGAGUUAUUCCCUAGUCGAGACCUCUCCAAGCACACCCUCACCGUGAUUACAAUUAGUCACAGGACGUCACAUGACAUGAGUGGGUGGAGUCACGAGGUGGAAGAGGAGAGAGAGAUGUUGCUGGCUGCAUUCAUAAAAGGAGCCAGUGACAUUUGUGAAGCUUUAAAUAACUCGGGUUUCUGGGCGGAUUUCAUCGACCCCUCGUGCGGGAGACCAUAUUUUAGUGCCCACACAAAUUCCACAUUCUUUGAAACAGAUGAGAGGUACAGAAAGUUAGGAUUUGAGAUCGAAGAUCUUGGGUGUUGCAAAGUCAUAGCGCACCACCUGUGGGGGACACAUGCCUAUGUAGGUAGUCUGUUCACCACGGCCUCCACAGAUCACCCCCUCAUAGCCUGCAUGGUGCAGGCCAAAUAUCAGCCGGAAACGUCGAGGAGGGGAGGAAAAUCACAGCCCGCGAAGGAAAACUCGGAACUCUCCUGUCAAACAGCUGAGCCGGACAAACAGUGAUUCUCCUUGCUUUGUUUAUUAUGUUGCUGUGUACUCCCGGGAAGAGAAGUGUUAUUAAGGGCUAAGCCAUGGUUAAUGAAUGAUUGUCUGCUUUAGCAAAUCAUUAUUUCUGUUAUUUUAAUAAAGACUAUAACAUAAAAA